UCCCACCAUGCUCCUCCCUAUACAUAAUAAUGAUGCUAAUUAUAAUACAUAUGAAUAAUUCAUAAUGCUCCUCCCCUCAGACUGCCUUCAAUUAUCAGAAUUAUCAGACUAGAAACAUAAAUCCACCUCUGUUUGAAAGAAUGCUCACUAACUCUUCAUACUUACAGGCCAGUAUCUUUUUAAGCCAAUGCUGUUUACUGUUGACCUGUGGAAUAUCUUCUUUUAAAACACUCAUAAACUUAUUCUGCAUAUUUUUGUCAAACCUAAGCUGAAACCCCCUUGAAGAGAGACUCUACUCAUUUAGUUGCCGAUUCAGUCUAAACAGACAGCAUUAUGGACAGACCAGGCUUCUGUUUGGUGGACUACGCAGUAUUUGCUGCUAUGCUGGGAAUAUCGGUGGCUAUCGGGCUAUUCCAGUCUCUGAAAAAGAGCCCAGGUCACUCUAACGUGGACAACUUUUUCACAGGUGGCAGGGGUUUCUCUGCCAUGCCUGUCGGACUGUCGCUCUGCGCCAGCUUUAUGUCAGCUGUUCAAGUGCUUGGUGUCCCAUCAGAGGCCUAUUUGUAUGGUUUUAAGUUCCUGUAUAUGUGCCUCGGACAGGCGAUUAACUCUUUCAUGACGGCGGUCCUGUUUGUGCCAGUUUUCUAUCGUCUUAAAAUUACAAGCUCAUGUCAGUAUUUAGGGAUGAGGUUUGGAAGAGGGAUGCAACUCCUGGGGAGUCUUCAGUUUAUUGUAGCCACACUCCUCUACACUGGUAUUGUGAUCUUUGCUCCCGCAGUCAUCUUGAAUCAAGCUACGGGUCUAAAUAUGUGGGCAUCUCUUUUCUCGACUGGAAUCAUCUGCACAUUUUACACAACACUGGGGGGCAUGAAAGCGGUUAUUUGGACUGAUGUGUUUCAGAUUGUUGUUAUGCUGUGUGGGUUUAUUGCAGUCUACGUUCAUGGCACUCUGUUGGCUGGAGGACCAGCAAGGGUGCUAGAGAUCGCCAACAAUGGAUCACGCAUCAAUUUUAAUGACUUUAGCAUAGACCUGCAGAAGCGCUAUUCGUUCUGGAGUUUCACAGUGGGCGGGACUAUGGUCUGGCUAUCCAUGUACGGAGCCAAUCAGGCUCAAGUGCAGCGUUACGUAUCAUGCAGAACAGAAAGACAAGCUCAAUUGGCGCUGCUGGUUAACCAGGUGGGUCUGUGUCUUAUUGUGAGCAGUGCAGCCACCUGUGGCAUUGUGAUGUUUGCUUUGUACUCCAAUUGUGAUCCACUAAAAGCUGGGAAAAUAUCUUCACCUGACCAGUACAUGCCGUACCUGGUCUUGGACAUUUUCCGGGAUCACCCGGGCUUCCCAGGACUUUUUUUAGCCUGUGCAUACGGUGGGACUUUAAGUACAGUGUCCACCAGCAUCAACGCCAUGGCUGCUGUUACCAUGGAGGAUGUGUUAAAGCCAUGGCUAAUGACCGUUUCACAGAGAAAACAACUCUUGCUCUCCAAGUCAUUAUCUCUGUUUUACGGGAUUGGCUGCAUCACGAUGGCGGCUCUCUCAUCCCUGCUGGACUGGGGAGUUCUUCAGGGCUCAUUUACAGUCAUGGGUGUAGUGAAUGGUCCACUUCUAGGAGCAUUUGUGCUGGGCAUGUUUGUACCAGCCACAAAUAAACCAGGGGUAUUCUCGGGCGUGGCUGUUGGUUUCUGUCUGUCUCUAUGGCUUGCUGUUGGAAGCACAAUCUAUCCUCCAACACCAAAAAUAAUGGGUGUUUUACCCACCAGUGCUAGUCAGUGUCUGUCACUUAAUGCAACACUCAAUGGCACCACCACACUCAUUCAGUCACCUACACUGGAACCAUCAGAUCUUGAGGAUUAUGGUCAAUCUGGCCUUAAAGCUAUCUAUUCAAUAUCCUACCUCUACUUUGGAGCCUUGUCAACAAGCGCAGUCGUCCUGGUUGGUGCGGUGGUUAGCUACAUUACAGGACCCACAAAGAAGGAAUCUAUUGAUCCUGGUUUAUUAUGGUGGAAUUUGAAACAUGUUUCAUCCUGUCGAAACUUGAGUGAGACAACAACAUACAAUCCCUCCGACAUCCUUCUCGGUCCAAAAGAACGUUUGGGUGCUGGUGAUGUUUUACUCAACAAAGGUGAAAUGUAGACAGAUGCUGGAUUGUCUUUUAUCAUUUGAAAGAUCAGAUUAAAAAAAAAAAAAAAUGUAGAUGAAAUGUCCUUUUUGCAGAAGAACAACUGCAUUACUAUAGUGUCCCUGUGUACAAUGAAUGUUUGAUGUGUGAAAUGAAUGUUGAGAUACUAUUUCACAUCACGUGCAGCACAUUCUGAUCCGUCACUUUUCAAGUAUGUCAAAUGUAAUCUUAUUUAUCUUUCAUUUUGGCUGGCAGGGCUGAAUAACUGACCCUAAGAACCUAAUUUUUCACGUUUCAUGUUUCUUUGAUCUGUAAAUCAAUAGUUCUUUCAGUUGUAUAAUGAAAUAACGCACAAUAGGUUUCUGUUCAUCGGACACCUGCAGUACACCUGUAUGUCAACUUACUGUCAUUCUCAGCCGAGAGCAAAAUAGUACAGACACUGAACAAUAGUUCAGAUGCAAAGCAUUCUUUAAUAAACUGAAUUGUUUUAAUGAAAACAUAUCAUGUUGAUUGAUUUUUAACUUCUACAACAAUGCUUUGAAAAAUGUGUAUGAUCGCAAUUUGUGUUGGAAAAUUAAGAUA